UCGCCCGCGCGCAUUCGGCGCAUGCGGUCUUCAGCGAAUCAUCCGUCCGUUCGUCCGUCCGUGCGUGCGUGCGUGCGUGCGUGCUUGUAUGCGAGAUUCGCGAUCGAAUCUCGAUCGAGGUUACGAUCGAAAUUGGAACGUGUGUUUUCAUGCGACCUGCGUCAUAGAUUCGCGUAUAUUCCGCAGCAGUCCUAAUGUCGCAAAAUAUAGAACUGAUAGCGCAAGGCGCGGAAGCGCGCCUUUAUAAGGGGCAUUAUCUAGGCAAGACGUGCCUGAUGAAGGAGAGAUUCGUGAAGAGUUAUCGGCAUCCGGAACUGGACGCGCGACUCACCAAGGAUCGCAUCAAAGCCGAGGCUCGUGCCAUUAUUCGUGCAAAGGCUGCGGGAGUAGGGACACCCGCCGUGUACCUGGUGGACUUAGAGAGACGCAGAAUUUACAUGGAGUACGUGGAAAAUACUAUGGUGUUGAAGGACUUCAUAGAUGAAAGCCUUUCGGGGAACACAAACGUGGAUGAGGUGCUGGAAUUUAUCGGGUCUGGGUUAGGCGCGCUCAUAGCCAGAUUGCACUCCAAACACAUCAUUCAUGGCGAUCUGACCACGUCGAAUAUACUGUUUAGAACUCAGCUCAGUAAUGAGCCCGAAGAGACCCAAUUCGUGAUGAUAGACUUCGGAUUGGCCCGAGUAGAUUCCACACCGGAAGAUAAAGCAGUCGACUUGUACGUUCUGGAGCGAUCGCUGUUGAGCGCGCAUUCCAAAGCGCCUUCAUUGUUCAAUAUCAUCUUUCAUCACUAUCAACGUCAUUAUCAAGAUAAAAGCCAAUGCAAACAAAUAGUCUCGAAAUAUAAACAGGUACAGGCGCGAGGACGCAAACAUUUGAUAAUCGGAUAAAGUAAAAAGGCGAAGAAGCUUCACGCUCUUAUAAGAGAGAGUACAAAAUCUACAAAUAAGCUAUUUUCUUAUAACACGAUACGCUAUGGUCAACUUUAAAUCACGGGCUAUUAUAUAACUUUGCUCGUUACAAUAAACAUAAGUUGUACACGUUAAUAAACGCGAGUUGUCGCGACUCGACCGAUUAGUUGGAAUUAAAACACGCAGUCGUUUGAGAAGGGGCACUAAACAGCAUUGUAGUGUACACUAUUUGUUAUCGUUACUGCAAAGGACAACAAUGUUACCAAGUUAUCGUUAAGAAGAUGUAAUAGUAUCAACAUUACAAGCAACAAGUUACUUCCCAACUCUGGCAAUGACUAUUGCAUACGUAUAACGAAUUUGGCAGCAGCACAAUCCAUAUGAAAAGCUAUUACUCCUUGUACAUGUUGAAUUGUUAGUAUAAAUCAGUCAAAAUGCAGUCCAGAAUAUAUAAUGAUCCAAGUUA